CCCCCAUAAUAUGCCAAAAUAAAAAAAAAUACUUUUCUCUCUACUAAAUUGAGUAAUUUAUAAGUGAUAUAAACCUAUCUCUAUAUAUAUUUACAAUAUAAACAUUCCCUGGACUUUUACUCAGUGGAGUUGGAAUACAGUUAAUAAGUAUAUAAUAAUUUGACACAUAUUAAAACAUAAAAAAUAAAAAGUCUCAAUUCCUAUGGCCAUAGUGUACUUUAUGAGCCUAGUUCAGAAUAGCUAUAUAAGGCUAGGGAUUCAUCUAUUUUGGAUUGUCAGUCUGUGACAUAAGAAGUCCCAAAUGGCUGGAAGGCAAAUGCAAAUUUCAGUUUAAUGCAUACAUUGCAAACCCACAUAAUAGAAACUUUUCUUCUUUGGAUAAUAAGGGUUAUAAAAUGCAGAGGACAGAGUCACAUGGAAAGGAAGCAAAUAUUUUAGUUUUAUUAGGUGGAAUAGUCUACAACUGUUGUCUCUGGUUCUCUGAGUUUAGGAGCACUGGCUGUAACUAAAACAGCAUCUAUUUAGUGAACUAAUAGCAUGGCCAACAGCCUGCCGGACAGCAUUCAAACACAUCAUGUGAUAUCUCUCAUGUGGAUGUCAACUCAAUGUUUAUAGGACAGCGGACUAUUAUUUGUGGUUUGGCUAUUUCUGACAAUGAGUGGGAGUGGGGAAUCAAUCUUCAGUUUGAAAGAUGACAUUUUUGCAUUAAUAUCAGAAAAUGUUUUAUGCUCAGAAGCAAUGCUGGAUGGGAUAAGAGAAUAUAUUUACUAACAUAUUAAUUUAUAGCUUUAUAGCUUUGUUUAUUCAUUGUCUAGUAAGUCCACAAGCAGGUGUUAAUUUUCAAAUGGAUACGGGCAUGUCUAUUUUGUUCAUCAUUGCAUAUUCAGGAAAUAUUUCUUAGCACAUAAGAGAAACCAAAGAAAUAUUAAUAGUUAUGGAAUGAGAGAACCAUAAGGAAAAUAAAAUACAUGAAUUAUUAGAUUUUGUUUAGUAUCUCAAAGGUUAACCAUUGAAAAACAAUAUACCUCUGUUGAAGUAGGAAAUUCCAGAGGCAAAUCCCUGUAGACUACACCAGCACGUGUUACGUGCAGCAGCAUCCUAAGGGCUCCUGAGGAACAGAAAAGGAGGGGACCACCGGGAAGAAGCCUAGACAGCGCAGCAGAAGGAGACUGGAGUCCUGGUCCCAGGGUGCUAGCAUGCCCUGAUGGCUCCAGCUUCCCCAGGGUACACCAGCCCACCCACCAUUGGGUUUUCUCCCUUCCAGGUGAGUGUUGCACUGAGGCGGACAGCCAGCUACGACCAUUCUCAACCUGUCCUGUGGCCCUGUGAACCCAGGCAGGAGAGGAAGGGGCCGGUGACCUUCCUCACCCCAGACCCUCUCCACACUGUUCCUUUUUCCCAGACCCUGCAAACUUCUGGGCAGCCCUCCGCCCUCGCAGAGAAUCCUGGAGCCCAGAUCUGGACCACCCUUCCCCGGGGGCUGCAGGACCUGGGCUGGGUCUUCAAGGCUGAGCGGGAACAGCGUUCUCUUCCUUUCCCCUGCGCCACCUGCGCCCUCCGACAACGCCCAGGUCAUAAGACCCCCAUUCCAGAGAGGGCCCUGCCCACAUCCAGAAGGGAGGCAAAGUUCAGAGAGGCCAAGAAGAAUCCAGACAGACUGGCCUGGCUGGGUUUCUCCACUCAGUCUAGAAGGUGUCAAGUUGAAUUGAAAUUAGGAAAUGACCUCCAUGGAAAUGUUAAAUAGAAGAGGUAAGAGUGGACAUCGUGGCCUUGAUAUGCUUGACUUAAUCUGGAGAUUUUUCAGAAAUAACCUUUAUCACAUUAAGCAAGUUCCUUUCAUCCGUGUGUUGCUGAGAUGACUAAUAGUAAGUGUCUGUUUAAUUUGCUAAGUUUUUUUCUGCAUAUAGUAAAAUGACCACAUGGGUUUUUUGGGGGUUUUUUUGGUUUGUUUGUUUUGUUUUGUUUUGUAGUCUAUUAUAGUGAUUUGAAUUGAUAGAUCUCCAAAUAUUAUAUAAACUUUACAUUCCUGAGAUAAAGCCCACUUGAUCAUGAUGUGUGGUCCUUUAAAUACAUAUUUAUAAAUUUACUAAAAUUUUAAAAGUUGAUGACUUCUGCAUUUAUAUUCAGUUUUCCUUUCUUGUAAUACCUUUGUCUGGUUUUAAUAUCAGGGUAAUUCUGGUACUAUAAAAUGAGACAAAAUGUAUCAUUCUCUGUAUUUUGAAAGAGUUUUUAUAGAAUUCUUAUGAUUUGCCAUCAAUUAGUAAAAUUCAUCACUGAAGCCAUCAUGGGUUGGAUUUUUUUUGUUUAGUGGCAAAUUCAAUUUAUAUAUAUCUAUGUGGUGCUGUGUGUGAACUGUAUUUUUUGAGUGAAUUUUGACAGUUUGUAUUUUUUAGGAAAUUUGUUCAUUUGAUCUGGUUUACCAAAUUUAUUGCAAUAAAGGUAUUUAUAAUAUUUCUUAUUAUCCUUUUAAUAUUAACAGGAUUUAUAGUUUAUCCUCUCUUAUAGCCUUGAUAUUGUUACUUUGUGUCUUUUUAACAGGUUAAUCUGGCAGAGCUUUAUCACUUUUUAAGUAAGCUAUUCAAAUAACCAGUACUUGAAACGCUGGAAGCAGCUUAGAUGAAUGAUUUAAGACAUUUAUUCUUUUUUCUCUAUGUACCAAUUUAGCUUUAUUCCACAGAUUUUAUUUUGUGAAUAAUAUACACUGAAAUAUAUGGAAAUAUUUAUUUAUUUGUUUCCCCUUGUGAUUGCUUCCCUAAAUCAUGGGUUAUUUAAAAAUAUGUUGUUUAUUUUUCAAAUAUUUAUAGUUUUUUCAGAUAUGUGUCUAUUUUUGAUUUGUAAUUGAAUUUCUUUCUGGUCAUAGAACAUAAUUUGUAUGAUUCUUAUUACUUUAUAUUUACUGAGAUGUGUUUUAUCACUGAGAAUAUAAUCUAUAUUGGUGAAUAUUGUAUAUAUACUUGCAAAUAAUGUAUAUUAUGUUAUUAAUUACAUGGAGAACUCAUUCAGUAAGUAACUAUGAAGAACAGUUUUUUAUUACUAUUGUUCCAGCUUUUCAUAGCCUUAAUUAUAUUUUCUCUAUUUGUCAAUUAAUUAUUAAGAGAGGAGUAUUGAAAUACCCAAAUGAAAUUUUGGAUUUAUAUGUUUCUCUUUUUGGUUCAUGUAUUCUAAAUCUAUGUUACCGUGUGCAAAUACCCCUUUACAAUUGUUAUGUCUUUCUGUUAUUUUUAUUCCUUGAUUAUGAAACAUAUCUCCUUAUUCCUGGCAGUAGUCCUUGUUCCCAAGUCUAUUUUCUCUGACAUUAGAAUAACUGCUGCAGCUUUUUAAUGCAUAUUUAAUGGUACAUCUUUUACCAUCUGUUUACUAUUAGCAAAAUUUUUCUUUAUAUUUAAAAUAAUUUUAUG